CUUUGCAUGAUAAAUUUAGAAUUUGCUAUUUAUAUAUGCCUGAAUGUGUGCCCAAUUGCAGACGAGUUUGGUUCGAGCAGUGGUUCGGGAAUGUGGGGCGCAUUUGAAAAUUAUUAGUCCGCACAUGGUGCACAGAGCACAUGCCGGUGAAAGUGAGAAAAUUCUCCGAGAGGCUUUUGCUGAGGCAGCAUCUCAAGUAGCUUUGGGCAAGUCAUCAGUUAUCUUUAUAGAUGAAAUAGAUGCACUCUGUCCCCGUCGAGAUUCUAAAAGGGAGCAAGAUGUCCGAGUUGCCUCACAACUCUUUACACUCAUGGACUCUAAUAAACCUACUUCUUCUACAGCAGGAGUCGUUGUGGUUGCAUCAACUAACAGACAGAGUGGAUGCAAUUGACCCCGCUCUAAGAAGAUCCGGACGUUUUGAUGCUGAAAUUGAAGUUACUGUCCCAAAUGAAGAAGAUCGCUUUCAAAUUCUUAAGCUGUAUACAAAAAAGAUUCCAUUGGAUCCCAGUGUUGACAUAAAAAUUAUUGCUGCAUCAUGCAAUGGAUAUGUUGGAGCUGAUUUGGAGGCAUUGUGUCGUGAAGCUACCAUGUUUGCAAUUAAAAGGUCAAAUACAAAUGAAGAUGCUAUUAAUUUCAGUUUAACAAUGGAAGAUUGGCAAAAUGCAAGGUCCAUUGUUGGUCCAAGUAUAACAAGAGGUGUUACUGUUGAAGUUCCCAAAGUGACUUGGGAAGACAUUGGGGGAUUAAAAGAUUUGAAGAAAAAACUUCAGCAAGCUGUCGAAUGGCCUAUUAAGCAUUCUGAUGCAUUUUCAAGAUUGGGAAUAUCUCCCGUACGUGGAAUUCUUCUCCAUGGACCUCCAGGAUGCUCAAAAACAACCCUUGCUAAAGCUGCUGCUCAUGCUGCCCAAGCUUCUUUCUUUUCUUUGAGUGGUGCAGAAUUGUAUUCAAUGUAUGUUGGAGAGGGGGAAGCUUUGCUCCGUAACACAUUUCAGAGAGCCCGACUCGCGGCACCCAGUAUAAUAUUCUUUGAUGAGGCUGAUGUUGUAGCUACAAAACGAGGUGAUAGUUCAAGCAAUAGUGCGACAGUUGGUGAGAGGCUUUUAUCCACUUUGUUGACUGAGAUUGAUGGCUUAGAAGAAGCUAAAGGAAUUCUUGUUCUGGCAGCAACAAAUCGCCCUUAUGCGAUUGACGCUGCACUCAUGCGUCCAGGACGUUUUGAUCUGGUUCUUUAUGUGCCACCGCCUGAUUUGGAGGCUCGAUAUGAGAUACUUUGUGUCCAUACGCGUAAUAUGAAAACAGCGAGUGACGUCAAUCUCAGACGACUAGCAGAAGACACUGAACUCUUUACAGGAGCUGAACUGGAGGGGUUAUGCAGGGAAGCUGGAAUUGUGGCUCUAAGGGAAGACAUAUCCGCCACCGUUGUAUGUGAUCGUCAUUUCCAGAUAGUGAAAGAUUCUGUAAACCCCGCAUUAACAAAAGCUGAAAUUAAUUCAUACUCAUCUUUUAUGAAGACCUCAUCUCAAGCUUUUCCUAGACAUUUUGAUUCAGAUAUGGAAUCAGAUAGGAGCAAAAAGAAUGGGUUCAAUCCUAUGUCUUUGGUUAAAAUUAGUGUUGCCAGUUUUGUAUUACUUGCUGCUGCUAAAUACUAUAACAUAGGUGGAGACCAAAUUGGACCUCAUACACCAAUGACCUGAAGAACAGUACUUGCAUGCUCUUGUAGUUUAUUAACAAAUUUAUAUUUCUUUGAUAUUUCUAAGGUUAAAUUUUAUUGUAUUUUUGCCUUUUACCGAAAAUUGUAUAUGACAAUGUCUCAUAAUACAAGUGUUACCGAUAUUAAUGGAA